CAUUUUGGUAUAUUUGCUGUCGUGUAGGUGACAGACCGGUGGAAGAAUAAUUUCGAUUUUAUCUUCCACAAAACAGAUUUGUGUGGCAAAAUUUACUUUAAUGAAGCGAUAAGUGCAUUUUUAAUAUGGCUCGAUACGGUCAAAGACCGGAAAAUGCUCUUAAACGGGCCAAUGAAUUUAUGGACCUGGACAAACCGGCCCGGGCACUGGACACCUUACAAGAGGUUUUUAGGAACAAAAAAUGGGCAUACAACUGGUCGGAGUCCGUUUUGGAACCCAUCAUGUUCAAGUACUUGGAGCUAUGUGUGGACUUACGCAAGUCCCAUAUCGCCAAAGAGGGACUGUUUCAGUACCGAAACAUGUUCCAAUCUGUGAAUGUUGGAUCACUGGAGCAAGUCAUAAGAGGCUACCUGCGAAUGGCUGAGGAACGUACUGAGGCAGCACGAGCCCAAUCAACGCAAGCAGUCAUAGACACUGAUGAUCUUGACAACUUGGCAACUCCGGAGAGCAUCCUCCUGAGUGCCGUUUCUGGAGAGGACGCUCAGGACAGAUCGGACAGGACUAUACUUACACCAUGGGUGAAAUUCCUUUGGGAGUCCUACUGCCAAUGCCUGGAGCUGCUCCGCACCAACGCUCAUGUGGAGACCUUGUACCAUGACAUCGCUCGCAUGGCAUUCCAGUUCUGUCUCAAGUACUCCCGCAAGACUGAGUUCAGGAAACUCUGCGACAAGCUGCGGAAACAUCUUGAAGAUAUUUGUAAACCCACUGUGCAAACUGGCAAUGUGAGCAUCUCAAAGCCGGAGACCCAGCAACUGAACUUGGAGACCAGGCUCUUCCAACUGGACAGUGCCAUACAGAUGGAACUUUGGCAGGAAGCCUACAAAGCGAUAGAAGACAUCCACAACCUGAUGAACAUGUCUAAGAAGACGCCGGUGGCCAAGACCAUGGCCAAUUACUAUGGCAAGCUGGCACUGGUUUUCUGGAAGGCUGGCCACUGCCUGUUCCACGCCGCAGCCUUGCUGAAGCUGUUCCAGCUCUCCAGGGAGAUGAAGAAGAAUAUCACCCAGGAGGAGCUUCAGAAGAUGGCGUGCCGCGUGCUGGUGGCGGUGCUGUCGGUGCCGCUGCCGUCGCUGCACCCGGAGUUCGACCGCUUCGUGGAGACGGACAAGAGCCCCGUGGAGAAGGCGCAGCGCCUCGCCGUGCUGCUGGGACUCGCGCAGCCGCCCACACGCGCUAGUCUGCUUAAAGACGUGGUCCGCUUGAACGUGGUGGCGCUGGCGUCGCCUCAACUCCAACAGUUGUACUCGUGGCUGGAGGUGGAGUUCGACCCGCUGAGCAUCUGCCACAACGUGCAGAGCGUCAUCAAACAGCUGCAAGCGGAGCCCAAUUCGGCGCUCGCGCAAUACACCGCUGCUCUGAGCGACGUGGCCCUAGUGCGUCUGAUCCGCCAAGUGGCGCAGUGCUACGCCUGCAUACAGUUCUCGCGGCUGCUGGAGCUGGCCGGCACCGCAGACCUGUUCCACCUGGAGCGGCUGCUGGUGGACUGCGUGCGGCACAACGACAUGCAGAUACGCAUCGACCACGCUAACACAUGCGUGCAUUUCGGAGUGGAAGCCGGCGGCGGCGAAUGGUGCUCCGCAGCCGACGAGGCGUGUGGCGGGGCCAUACUGCAGGCCACGCCAGCUGAACAGGUCCGCGAGCAACUAGUUCGCGCAGCCACCGUCCUCACCCGUUGCGUGGCGACGCUGUUCCCCAACCGCCGCAAGGCAGAACGAGAACGUGCGCGUGCGCAUAUGGUGCAGCACUACCACGACAACAAGCACGCGGAGCACCACCGCGUGCUGCAGCGACACAAGAUUAUCGAAGAGAGGAAGGAGUACAUCGAGCGGCUUAAUACUGUGCGCGAGGAGGAGGAGCUCAGACGUCAAGAGGAGCAACAGCGCGCCGCCGCAGCCGCGGAAGCGAGACGGCUAGAGCAAGAGCGAGAGGAGAGAGAGAAACGCAAGUUCGCAAACGAGAUAGCUGCUAUGAAGGAGAGACAUCGCCGCGAGCGCAUGGCCCACAUCUCUCAGACUGCGCACGGCAAGAAGAUGCUGCAGAAACUGGACGAAGAGGAAAUCAAGAAAAUGGACGCGGAAGCGAUCGCGCAGCGCGAGGCCGAGGAGCUGAUGAAGGAACGCCGCGAACUGCAGGCCAGGCUCAAGUCGCAGGAGAAGAAGGUGGACUAUUUCGAGCGAGCCAAGCGCCUGGAAGAAAUUCCACUUCUGCAGAAGAGUCUGGAAGAGAAGCAGGUGCAGGACAAGGCUUUCUGGGAGCAGCAGGAGUCCGAGAGGAUCGCCCAACUCAUUGAGGCGCGCACCCGCGACGUGGCCACCGCCACCCGCAUGGCCCGCAUGCACCAGCAGCGCGACGAGUUCAUCAACCGACUGCUGGCGGAGAGGGGUGCCGCUCACCACGCCCGCCUCGCCGCCUUCAAGGAGAAGCUGGCGGCCGAGAGGGACAAGCGCCGGGCGCUCCGCCGCCAGCAGCGCAUCGAGAACCGGCGCAGCGAGUGGGAGGCGGAGAAGCGGCGCGCGGAGGAGCUGGCGGCGGAGGCUGCGAGGCGCGCGCGCGAGGACGAGGAGCGGCGGGAGCGGGAGGAGAGGGAGAAGAAGCACCAGGAGGAGAUGGCCGCCCUCCGCGAGGCCAAGGAGCGGAAGGAGAAAGAGCAUCAAGAAAUGUUGGCGCGCGCAGAAGCGAAAGCUCGCGCCAAAGAGGCUGAAGUCCAGCGCCGUCUGGAGGAACAGAAAGCUGCGGUGGCCAGCAGCUGGAGGCGCAGCGGCGCCCCCGAGCGCGCCCCCGAGCGUGCCCCCGAGCGUGCCCCCGAGCGCGCCCCCGAGCGAGCGCCUGAGCGAGAGAAGGAGAGAGAUGACGCCUGGAGGAAGGACAAGGAGCCAGAGAAGAAAGCUGAACCGUGGCGCUCUAGCCGCCCCCGCCCCGACGCCCCCCGCUCCCCCGAGCGCCGCGCCCCCGCCAGGGACGAGCCCAGACCUGCCAGGGAGGAGAGACCCAAGGACGACAGGCGUGAGGAGCGCGGGCCGCCUCGGUCACCGGAGCGGCGCCCGCGAGAGGAGGGCGGCUGGCGCUCCGCCGCGCCCAGGGCGGAGCCCGACCGCGACCGCGAGAGGCCUCGCUACACGGGCCGGUCCAGCGGGCCCGAGGGCGGCAGCUGGCGGCGCGGCCCCGCCGAGCCCCCGCCGGCGCCCACUGAGCGCUCCAGCACGUGGCGCUCCAAGGAAGGCCCGGCGCGGGACAGGGAAGGGGGUUACCGCGACGCUGUCAGGGACCGCGACGGCUUCCGCGCCGGGGACCGGGACCGGGACCGCUACCCGCCCAGGAGGGAUGAUAGAGACCCGCCGAGGAGAGACGAUCGUGACGGUCCCCGGCGUGACGACCGCGACCGCCGCGCCCCGCCUGCCCGUCGCGACGAGAAACCACGCGACGCAGACGAUGACGAGUGGCAUCCAGUCACCAGGCGCUAAACGGAAUAUUAUUAUUUGUAACGUUUUUGUUGUAAAGGGCUCAGUAGAUAAAACAUUCACCCGUAUUGGUUCCCAGAUUCCGAUCAAAAUAGAUCAUGAUAAUAUAAUGGAAAAAAGAAUUUCCUUCCAUGUCCACUAGCAUUCAUUUCAAUUUCGGUGAGGUGAGGUAUUACCUCAUCAAUGCAGUGUAGCUUAACAUAUGUGCACGCUUAAAAAUACUUGAGACUUGGGGUAUGAAAAGGAGAUGUAGGUAUGUCUACCCUACGGUAGCCACUUCCCAUCUAACAGGGCCAUAAUUUUGUUUUGAUUCUAAAUGGUACAUGAUUUAGGUGGUUCACAGAGUGUUUCGACCGCUGCGACCGCACUGUAAUGACGAUCUGUAAAUUUUCUUGAGGAAUGAAUCAUUUCCAAAAUCAAUAAUUGACAUUACUACAGUACAUCUUAGAUAUGUUAAAGUCAGAUAGUAAAACUAAUUCUUGUCUUUGUUAAAAUUUGAAAAAUUGUAAUGACAGCGCGGCCGCAGGUCGAGACAAUCUGGGAAACACCUUUUCAAUAAUUUUGAUACCUAUCUUCUUCUUUUCAAAACUGCGCUGGCGCAAUCUACUGAGCUCUAUAUCAUUUACUCAUAUAUUAAGCAGUUAUUUCAAUUUAAAACGCAUUUAUUCGCAAAAUUAAUCUAUAUUGUACGCGGUAAUGGGUUGUCCAUGUUUUGUUUACAGUCACAAUUGUACGUUUUCGUGUUUAUUCAAUACAAGAAAUAUGUAUCCGACUUGCUUUUUCUUUAUCGCUUUACUAACUUUAUGGUUAAGAUGACGAAAUAAUUUAGUGUAGCUAUACUAUACUGCAAUUUUAUCAUAAAAAUCUAUCGACGUGAUUAUGAUUCGAUUCGAGGAUAGUAUAUAGCCGACGUUAGACAUACGUUCCACGGGUGAAGACGUCCCUUAUGGUCCAUGUUUUAUUUACGCAUAUCUGUAAUCUUCUACUCAAAAAUCUUAUCCAAUCAAAAAUAUAAACAUACAAAUAACUGUCCAUAAGGAUCUAUCUGCCUGUGCAACGUCACUUGUAAUUAGACCAUAUAAGUAUCUUAGUUUCUCAUAUGUGGUGGUCCAAGUCAAAAGGGACCUUAUGGCUCCCGGCACUUACGCCAUUAUUGCCGUUGUUUUGUAUUCGAACAACGGCAAUAAAGACCUAAGUCCAGACGCCAUAAAGUCCCUUUUGAUUUGGACGGCCAAUAUGUAGUUUACUAGCACGUGUUUACCUUUGAUGCUUUAUUACAUUUAUAUAUUUGGGUCUAAAUAAAAUAUAACACAAUACCAUAGUGCCACAGGUAUAACGCCAAACGUAGCUAUAGCUGAUUUUAUAUUUUGUAUGCCUUCAUUAUGUAGCUAGGUCUGUUACUAAUAAAUAUUUCAAUCCGGGA